AUGCCGUGCGCUGCGAUCUACACCGUGGAGGGCAUCCUCGAUCUUCAGAUUGUCCCUCCUGGGAAUGGCAAGCAAUACUGCCUAGCCAAAACCAAAAAGUCCCGUGGCAAACACCAGUGUGGCAGUGUGAUUUCCGAGAGAAAUCAAGAAAAGGCUGGGUAUCUGCUGCGCGAAUGCAUGUCAUGUUCGGAUCCAGAUGACCAGGCGAUCAAAUGUCACACGAAGAAGCUCUGCGAGCUGCUCAUUCACAGCCGUCAUGAAGAACAACGCAAAUUGAAUAUCGAGAAAUGGAACCAGAAGAUUUUCGAGUUCAGAAAUGAUCCAAGGAACCGAAAUGCGUGCAGACAACCCCCACGCCCCUUAGAGAAACAACCAGGCAGCACCUUGUGGAGUGACCCUAUUCAUUAUCCCAUUCUUCCAUACGCCAUUGAUGACCCGUUCGAGUCAGAGGAGAUCAAGAUCCACAGUUCAGUCCUCGAAAUCCGUGAGGAUGCGACGAUGGAGCGAUACCGGAGCAUAGAGGCCGAUCAACCACGCAGUGUGUCCACGGAUGGGUCAAUUGAAGAGAUAUCGACGUCCAAUACUUCCAGCCAUGUGUCCCGUUCUUCACGUCAUGGUCUUCAAGGCAACAAUUCAACGGUGCACUCGCCUAUUACCUUGUUCUCCUGUUUAUAA